UUGGUUGUAGUCUGUCUAUUGUGAACAAGAAUUUCUGAUGGACGCUAAAUAUAAGGAUAUUAGCAGAAGUAAUGAAGUCUCAUGGAAACAUUGUUUUAGACAGUUCCUUGUGAACAGCAUAGCGUUAAUGUUCUACUUUAUGUUCGGGCUGUCUCUGGGCGCCCCGACAGUCCUCUUGCCGCAGCUGAGGAAGGAAGCGAACUCUACAGAAGCCGUCAGCGAGGACAUGGCGUCAUGGAUCGCGUCCAUUGGCGGAUACAUGGGAGUGCCGUGGAGUGUGGCUUUACCAAUCAUCAUGUACUAUUUUGGCAGAAGGAAGAGCUGCGUUUUCGUCGUUCUUAACACUUUCACUGCAUUUAUUGUGCUCUACUGCAGUACCGAUGCCACUCAGAUAUUAAUCAGUCAAGUUCUGCAAGGAGUUAACGCUGCCUCACAGACCAGUCUCACCGUCAUUAUAAUGACUGAGUACACUUCACCCGAGUAUAGAGGAAUAUUUUGUGCAUCAAAAAGUGUGAUGAUGUUUUUAGGGGUGUGGAUAGCAAAUGCAAUAGGAAUGUUCUUUCACUGGCGUAACAUUGCAAUUUUAGGAAUCUCAUGUUCAGUUUACAAUUUUGUGGCUAUAAUGAUUAUGCCCGAAUCUCCCUAUUGGUUAGUGAGUAAAGAAAGACUUACAGAAUGUGUAUCAUCACAUCGCUGGCUUAAAGGUUUUAAUGAGAAAUCAGAUACUGAACUUAAUGAGAUUUUGGAUGAUUUCAAUGCAAGUAAUCAUGACAAAUACAAAAGUAUACCAAUUCGAUUAAAAAAAUGUUACACAUCAUUAUUGCAAGAAGAGGUUUACAAAGCUCUUUUAAUAACUUUAUUGGUGAUAGGCUCGUAUUAUAUGUGUGGAAAAAUAGUUUGUGCUGUUUACGCAAUAGAAAUAUUACACAAGAUUACGAACAAUGAGUCUUCGGCAUACUAUGGCAUGUUAAUAAUAGAUGCUAUUACAAUAUGUGGUAUGAUGGUAGGUAGUGUUAUGUCUAAAUUUAUUAAGCAAAAAGUUCUAUAUCUGUCAUCUUUCGCUGCGGGCACAUGUUCGUUGUAUAUUAUUUGUUUGUAUUUGUUUCUAGUGAACUCUUCUUUGAUCUCUGAAAAUAUUUAUGUAUCUUUGGGUUUAUUAAUAACAUUUUCGCUAACAAUAAGUUGUGCAGUUGUUAUGGGUCUCUCAAUAUUUGGGGAGACAUUACCACUUAAAUCUAGAGGAGUGAGUAUUUGUAUUGUUUCUGUGUUUGCGAAAUUGGGAUUAGGAACUGUUCUUAAAAUCUCGCCGUAUCUCUUCAAAAAAAUAGGUAAUCAUGGAGUUUUUUUGUGUAAUGCUAUUGGUAGUACAAUAUUAAUAAUUUUAAUGCUUAAAUAUUUACCAGAAACUAAAAACAAGACAUUGCACGAGAUUGCAAAUAGUUUUAAAUCUAAGGACAUAGGCAAGAAAUCUGAGAACAGUCAGUUGGUUCGUAAACAAGAAACAGAUUAAGUUUUACAAUGUUAUGUUUAAUUCACAGCAUUAGCAGCAUUUAGCAUGCACAUGGCAUGUGAUUCUGUCACCUUUAUGACCUCUCUAGUAUCUUGCAACAAAAUAUCGCGCUCCGCGAUCCGCCAUGCAGUAAUAUUGAAGGAGAGAAUGAAAAUUAAGUCAUUACGUACUCGGCAGAUUGUUUACUUCGGUAGGUGCGAUUGAACCCAGGACACCUUUUAUAUGGUAAAUCCAAAGAAUUUUAACCAUGUAAGAUUGAAUUUCAUGCAUCAAAA